AGCGGAGCAGCAGCAGCAACAACUUACGGAAGAGCCAACCAUCAACUAACCCAGGAUAGCUGUUGUCGUCGAGGCAUGGAUACAAGAAAAGUGUGUGGAAGUGAAAAGUGCUAGGAAUCUAGCCCAGUGUGUUCGUGUGUGUUCGUGUGUGUAUGCGUGUGUGUGUGUGCGUAUCUGUAGGUGCGAGUGUUGACCAGCAGCAGCUAAGAAGGAGCAGAAAAGAGAAGAGAUUCUUGUUAAAGAGGACAAAUCGACGAUUGUGCUGCUGCUGCCGCGGUUGUUGGGCAAUAAAGAAAUAAAAAUAUUGUACCCAGAAAAGUGUUUGCCAUAGUCCAGCAGUACUCAAGUGAAGAGCUGGUCAGUCUCACACAUUAAUUCAGUCACUCAGCCAGUCAGUCUCACAGAAUUGGGGAAUCCAACUCCAACAUCAAGAGGAGAGCAAACCAGCAAUAAAAAAUAAAAAUUAAUUGACUAUGCCAUUGCAUAUGAUUGACAUAAAACUAAAGCUAGACCAACGCGCCCCGUGCGAUAUUCUCGUAGUGUGUUCAAAUCGAAGACUGACAGUGACCUACUGGUGAUAAUAAGGGUACAACAAAGCAGAAGAAACAGUAACAGUAACAGGAACAGGAACAACGAUAACGACGAUAAAAACAGUAGCUAGUUCAGUCAGCGUACAACGUUGGCGCCAAAACGUGAGAGCCCCAAAGAGUGUCUAAUCCCAACCGAUUCUCCAGAUCUGCCCAUAGCAAAAAGAAGAACCUGUGACACUGGCGUCGUUCUGCGAGCGCGGGUUAAUGCCUGAUUCGAUGAUGGACAUGGAGCAUCGAGACCAUCAGCUGCAUCGCCACCAGCAGCCGCAGCGCGUUUCCACUACGGUCAAUGGGGGAGUUACGGGCAUUGGAGCACCAGCUGGCAUAGGCAUUGGGGCUCCAAGCGGCAUAGGCAUUGGCGUGGGAUCGAGCACUAGCACGUUCAGUGCGGUGACAACGCCGCCAACAACAGAGAACAGAGAACGGGAUCACCUACCACAGCCAACGAUGCAACAUCAGCCGCCGCUCCAGCAGCAGCACCAGCAGCAACAGCAACAACUUCACCAGCAGCAGCAACAGCAGCAACAGCAACUCCAGCAGCACCAACAUCAGCAGCAGCAGCAGCAACAGCAACUUCAGCAGCAGCAGCAACAGCAAUCGCAGGUUAUGGAACAGCAAUCGCUUGGCUUGCCUCACGCCCACCAUGCGCUAUCGCAGCAGUCGCAACAGCAGCAGGCCAUACAUAGAGCCGAGCAGCGAAGAGAUACACAAGCAAAACAUUCACAUGGAUUUCUCUAUUCGGAUGAAGAAAUCAGUGAUAGGGCAUCAACAUGCGGAAAAUUGCUUAUAUUUCUGUCGGUGGCGCUCGUGAUACUGACGUUGCCAUUCAGCCUCUUCGUUUGCUUCAAGGUGGUGCAGGAGUACGAGCGCGCUGUCAUCUUCCGUUUGGGACGCCUGAUGCAGGGUGGCGCCAAGGGGCCAGGCAUCUUCUUCAUUCUGCCCUGCAUCGAUUCGUAUGCACGUGUGGAUUUGCGAACCCGCACCUAUGAUGUGCCACCACAGGAGGUUCUGACAAAGGAUAGCGUCACGGUUUCGGUGGAUGCAGUGGUUUACUAUCGCGUAUCAAAUGCAACGGUCUCUAUAGCGAACGUGGAGAAUGCUCACCAUUCGACCAGACUACUGGCACAGACUACUCUACGAAACACAAUGGGAACUCGGCAUUUGCAUGAGAUACUCAGCGAGCGUAUGACGAUUUCCGGCACAAUGCAGGUUCAACUCGACGAAGCCACAGAUGCCUGGGGCAUCAAAGUUGAACGUGUUGAAAUCAAGGACGUGCGUCUGCCCGUGCAACUGCAACGCGCCAUGGCAGCCGAGGCGGAGGCCGCACGAGAGGCACGCGCCAAAGUAAUUGCCGCCGAAGGCGAGCAAAAGGCGUCGCGUGCACUGCGCGAGGCAUCCGAGGUGAUUGGCGAUUCGCCAGCAGCGCUGCAACUGCGCUAUUUGCAGACACUCAAUACCAUAUCCGCGGAGAAGAACUCAACCAUUGUGUUCCCGUUGCCCAUCGACUUGAUUACAUAUUUUCUGAAGACCUCGGAGGCGACGACACAACAGAAUGCGGCAGCGGCGCGUGCAGCCCUCAACAACGCGCAGCAGCAGCAGCAACAGCAGCAACAACAACCACAGCAACAGCUAAUGCAGCAGCAACCGGUGAUGCAGCAGCAGCAACUGCAACAGACGCCGCCGCCGCAGCAAAUGCAGCAGCAACAAUACCAACAAGCCCAACAAGUCACAUCUGCCAUGUAAAUGGCUCAGAUAUGGGAAUUGGCUCUCGCCCGAAGCUAGGAGCGCGAAUGAAAUCGUCAUUCUGGCGCUUUGCACUUUGUGUGUAACCGACCGAAUAAAUAAUGAUAAUGUAUAAUAUUUGCCUCGUUCGGGUGCUCUUAGACAUAGAUUCACAUAGAUUAUCAUAUACACGUACAUAAAAUAUGUCAGCUCUCUUGUAAUUCCACCUAAAAGUGUCCCACAGUCGGAUAGAUCGACUAAAAAUGUAGGCUAGUAUUUGGUAUCCCCAUUGAGAUCAGGGCGAGCCAGGAAAUAGGGCCGAAUCGAUACAGGAACGCCAACGAAACCCCUUUACUUAAAUUCGAACGCGAAAUACCCCUGAGCCUACAGUAUUGUUAACCGACUCGACAACUCCAAUUGCUCGUCCCAUAUAGUAGCUCUAACUAGCAUUUUUUCAUAAAAAAGUACAUUAAUUAAAAGUCAAUAGUAUCAUCAAAAGACUAGAGAGUUCAAAUCGUCCGAGCCGUGUUCUCUAGUUGAAUUUAAUUCCUACGUGCAUUUUAUGGAAUUUUUUCCCCUGGAUCGAUUUUGUAGGUGCUUGUUCAAGUAAACUAGAGGAUGCUCCUGGAAUGAAUGGAGAUUUGUGGCGUUUAAAAUACUUUCGAUUCUUAGCGUAUAAAGGUCAGGCCAUACUCAGCGUGAACAGUAGCAUAAAAUUUGAUAAUUGCCAUAGCUUAAUGAAAUAUUUGAAACGCACACGAAAAUUCUAAAACCAACCAGUUUUGAAAAUAUUAAAAUUUAUUACUCCUUGUACUCUUAUAUGCACUUGUAUAUAUCUAUAAAUAUACCUUGUAUCCUUUCGGAUAGGUUAUGGGGAAGGUGUCGCAAUGUGUUUAACAGACAGGAGGGGUGAACAAAUGAUUUCGGAUUAAGACACAGCUACUUAUCUGUCCGUCCGCAUGAACAUCGCGAGCUUUUGAAUCAUAAAGCUAUUUUGUACAACUGCCACGGGAUCGAAAACAAAAAUUAAAUAUGCAUAGUAUGUAUAGAAAAUGAGGUAUUUCUAUAUUUUGUCUGCAGCUGCCCUAGGAAUGGUUGGUCAGUUGGAGGAUUGUGGGAGAGGGGCCUGGUACAGGGUAUACAAGAGUCGGACUCGCGCGACUUUCAUGUUAUACUCGCUUUACUUUUACUUAAUUGUAAUACAUUUUGAGAUAUUCAAAAAUGGUUGGUUUGGUUUUGUAUUUUCACAGUAUGCAGGGUUUCAAAUAAUUAAAAUAGCAAUCUGAUAAUAACUCGUAUUAUAAUAAGUAUCUAUUCAACUUUGAAGAAGCGAGAUUAAACACAUCUACCCACGGCCAUUCUAUUAUUCCACGAUUAUUCCUCAUUCUAUUAUUAUUGCUUAAAAACAUAAUUAGGGCCUUUGGGUGAAAUGGUGUAAAUUCUAUUGAAAUGAUAUUUAAUGUAAUAUAGUGAAAUGCCGUUAGUUCUGCAUGUUGAUUGAUUACUAUUGAUUAUAAAGUACAACACCAAUGUUGCUCCUUUGCAAUGUUUUUAUUCAUAAACGAUCAAAAUAUAAAUCAUAUAAAUAUGUACCAUAUAACAUGCAUAUAACCAUGUAUUCUUGAGGAAGCCAGGCCAUGUUGAGCAAUUAUGUAGCUUUCAACUGGUGCCUUAAUAGCAAUCUACCGGGGAGUCGGAUGUAGACAACAAGGAAUUAUUAACUAUUACAACGUUUAUACAAUAAAUAUAAAAAGUACGAAUUUAUUGUACAUACAAUAAACAAUAAAUGUCAAAUCGGAACUGUUUUACGUAAACUUCAUGUUAUAUCUCAUACACGUACAUACCAAAUUCAAGAACUUACAAAUCAAUUACAUAUAGUAUAUAGUAUGUACUAUCAUCACAAUAAGUGUAGUAGUUUUUCCAUAAUCGCAAAAGUCAGUUCGUUAAGUGCAUUAGCCUCACUGGUGUUUACAUUUUAGCGCACAUUAUAAAUAAUUAUACCGAAUUGUUGGGCAUAUUUCGAGUUCAGCUUUUCCUUUCUACCAAUCGGAAUGAAACUUUCGUUGAUUUGCAGAUCCUUCUUUUUGAAAAUAUUUAAUACACUUUCGACGAAUUCGAAACAUGCCUGUGUACGCAAGAUUAUGUUCAAGAGAAUAUAGCUGAUAAGUUCAUUUUUGCCUUUAAAUAAAUUAUAAACGGAUCGAUUUCAUUAAUGUAUUAACACAGAGAAACGUACAAUAAAAAUACAAC